AAGCAAAUCACGAUCGUUUUCAACCAGAAAACACAUUACACAAUUAAUCUCAACAACUCUAAUAUAAAACACGAUCUUUUCGAGAUAUUCAGGGUAUUCUACGGAGAGCCGCAUCGAUUAUCGUUCGAUAACUUCCGAGCGCGAGUUCUCUCCGCUCCUCGAACAUGGCGCCGACAUUCAGAUCCUCCCGAUCAGGCCGACAAUUCGUUGAAACCGCAAACCGCAGUCGCACAAGCGCAGCAGACCACGACAUAUUCGAGGGCCUACCCAUCCGCCGCUGGUCACGUCAAAGCCAUACAAUUUCCCAAGAAGCCAAAACAGAAAUCCCAGCUGACAAUGCCGGCACCACCAGCAGCACUAUCACUGGUAAAACCGACCAUCAUCAUCCUUUUCCCGAAUUACCUAUGCCCAAGGAUAGUCAUUUACUAGCUCCGCAAAGCCGGGCAUUACUUCGCGCCGCGAGGGCGGGGUAUAUUUAUCUUCUUCCAGCUACAAAGGAUACGCAACCGGUCGAUGAGAGGGAGGGACAUGAUAUGGAAGAUGCGACUACGCCAGCUGCGAAGAUGGAGAGGAGUUAUACGACUCGAAAAUGGAGUCAGGUCCCCCGUCAUGUUGAGCUUCCGGAAGUCGAGUUUUUGGCAAAGAGAAGACCUGGUUUACCGUCUCUUUAUGGCGCUUCUGGUGCGGUUACUGCUGCUGUUCCUAAUGCUUCACAACCUAUGCGGAAAGCCAAGAUUCGAAAGAUCAACCCAGAUACUGGGAAUAUUACUAUAUACGAUGCUUGGAUUCCAGAAGGCCAGAAAGUGGAAGGAGAGAUUAAAGAUGAGUCUCAAGCUGCGAAUGGGCAGCAGGAUGUUACUGUUAUCAAAGCGACUCCGGCACCGGGAACUGUGGUGGAAGGUGUAGGUGUUGCGAAUGCUGAGGGUAUUGUGGUUGCGUCAACAGCCGUGGAGUCCCCCGCGAAACGAAAGGGACCGCCACCACCAAAACGAAAAGGUAGAGGACUCAGAGGCAGAGGUCGGAAGAAAGUCAUGUUUGCUCCUGGUGAAGGUGCCGAAGUUGGCGGAGAAGAUAGACCUGCGGAUGGCGAACAAGAGGAAGACGAUGAAGACGAAGAGGGUGAGGAAGGUGAAGAUGCCGAAGAUGCUGAAGAUGCCGAAGAAACAACCAAACAUGGAGAAACCCCUCAAGUCGACACACCGGUAGCCCCUGCUACAGCGCCGAAAUUAGAUCCGGAAGCGAUGCCAAGUUUGACACCCCAACCUGUUGCUGCUGAGAAUAAUGUUGUUUCGAGUGCGGUAGAGCAUUUAAUUCCACAGCCACAAUCCCCUGUGCGGCCGGAAUCUGAGCAAUUGACUCCUCCGGCUGGUCCUGGUUUGGCAAUUGAAUCCUCGAAUGUUGAAGAGGUGUCUGAAGUGAAACCAGAACCUACACCCAGUGCAGACAUGAUGGAAGACGUCCAACAGACUCAACCUAAUCCAGCGGGCACUGUCACUGAACGCGUUGAAGUUACGGAAACCGUUCAACCUGCACCGGAUGAAAAGGUGGCAGUUCAGAGUGAAACGAAAGUUGCGCAAACUGUGCCAUCAGAUGUGCCCGUUCCAUCUGAAACGGUUGAAGGAUCUGGGAGAGCGUCAAUUACUCCUGAAAUACAGCCUAACCAGAUGAACACUCUGGUCAAAGAGCCUGCGCGACCUACUGAGACGUACCACAUAAAGACUGAACAAUCACCAGUUGUUGGAGCUCCUGAUACCGAAGUCAAGACCGAGAACGAACCUGAAUCCACAGACAUACCAACCAUGCAGCAUCCGCCAAUAGAAGAUACAAAGACAGCUACAGAAAUGACGAUUGAGAACAAGGCAGGAGAGUCCUAG